AUGGAGGAGAUAAGUGAGAGGCAUUCCCGGUUAGGGAUCCCACACAGACAGAUCAUCCCGGUCCAUGACGUGUCAUUCCAAUCCACACCAGAAGACCUAUCGGCGAGAUAUAGCCGUAUCGUGGCAGAUAUGGAGGAGUUGUUGUUUUUCAGGAACAGAAGCUUUGACCGAAUCACAGAGAUCUCGACGACGAUCGAACCAGAACCAGAACCCUUCUUCUUGUUUAACACAAUCAGUUACGAAGACUUCAUCGUUUUCCUAGAAGAAGAAGAAGAGGAAGAAUGUCAACGGCCACGUCAAGCUCCUCGUAAGGCUCGACGGAGGCAUGAUCCUCCUCCUCGAGUAUCUCGACGGUCCUCACAGGUAUCACCACCAAUUUAUCUCCGCCAUAGGUUUCUGCCACAGUCACGGAAAGAUUCAUCUUCUCGACGUCGCCAACGUUAA